UUAACUAUAUUAUCUUCCCUCACGUAGUCACAUGACAUUGUAUUUUAAUCUAUUUGAUUCUAAAGCCAUAAUAUUACAUAUUUAAAUGUAGUCUAUAUAUAUCGUAACUACUACGAGUAAAACUUAAACAAAACUACAUUAUCUUAACUAUUGUGGGUAGAGAUGGGAGAGACGUUGUCUGAAACGAGAUCGCCGAUGCCAUUGCUGUAUAGGCGGCAUUCAAGUGGGGAGGUGUUGAAGAAUUUGGCUUCCGUCUCGAGUAGUCUCUUGCCUGCAUUUGGAACUCUUGUUGGCGACGAUUCUCCUGUCCUUAAGAAAUAUGUUAUUGCACCUUAUGAUCGUAGGUAUCGGUGGUGGCAAGCAUUUCUGGUGGUAUUAGUGAUAUAUUCAGCCUGGUCAUCUCCUUUCGAGCUAGCUUUCAAGGAAGUCGCUACAGGCUCUCUCAUGUUCGUUGAUUUAGUCGUCGACUUGUUCUUUGUCAUCGAUAUCAUCCUAACUUUUUUCGUGGCUUACUUAGACAAGUCAACAUAUCUUUUAGUCGACGAUCACAAAAAGAUCGCCACAAAAUAUGUGACACACUUGAUGUUCCCGAUGGAUGUUGCUUCGACGCUACCUUUUCAGUCCAUUUACCGCCUCUUUACGGGCAAACUCCACCAUGGGCAGGUCUUCGGGUUCCUGAAUCUUCUCCGACUUUGGAGGCUACGACGUGUCAGUGAGCUUUUCUCGAGGUUAGAAAAAGACACAAGGUUUAGCUACUUUUGGACACGUUACAUCAAAUUAAUAUGUGUAACGCUAUUCGCGAUACACUCAGCCGGAUGCUUCUACUACUGGAUAGCGACACAUCAUCGGCCGGUGGAGGACACAUGGCUCGGGUCUAUCAUCCAAAACUUUGAAGAUAGAAGCAUAUGGUUAGGCUACACGUACUCGUUGUACUGGUCCAUUGUUACACUUACAACGGUCGGAUAUGGAGACUUGCACGCGGUGAACCCUGGAGAGAAAGUGUUUAACAUCUUGUAUAUGUUGUUCAACAUCGGUCUCACUUCCUAUCUUAUCGGAAACAUGACCAAUUUAAUCGUCCAUAGCGCUGUUAGAACCUUUGUCAUGAGGGAUUCGAUCAACGAGAUCUUAAGGUAUGCAAGCAAGAACAGAUUACCAGAAGGACUUAAAGAACAAAUGUUGGCACAUAUGCAACUCAAAUUCAAGACAGCGGAGCUGCAACAAGAAGAAGUCCUUGAGGAUUUGCCGAAAGCGAUUAGAUCAAGCAUUGCUCAGCAUCUGUUUAGAAAAACUGUUGAGAAAACUUAUCUGUUUAAAGGGAUUUCAGAAGAUCUUAGCAGCCAAUUGGUUACAGACUUGAAAGUUGAAUAUUUUCCACCUAAAGUUGAAGUUGUACUACAAAAUGAGAUUCCAACUGAUUUCUAUAUCAUCGUUUCUGGAACCAUGGAGGUGAUAACACAUCAAAAUGGAAUGGAGCAUUUCUUGACAAAGUUAGGGCCGAUGGACAUGUUUGGUGAAAUCGGUGUGUUCUUCAACAUACCUCAACCGUUCACUAUAAGAAGCAAGAAACUUUCUCAAGUGGUUCGAAUCAGCCAUCAUCACUUCAAGCAAUUUGUGCAGCCACUUACUAGUGAUGGAAAGACAAUCAUGUCUAAUUUCACUCAGUAUUUGAGGGAGCUAAAUAAGGAGGUUCAAGAUGAGAUACCAUUCUUAGCAGACCUUCUUCUUGGAGACUUAGAUACCGAGCCAAUGGGACCUGUUGACGAGUCAAGAAACAAUGCAACAUCCUAUCAUGAUCAGGAAUAUAAUCAAGCAGGGACACACGAUAAUGAAACUUCAAGAUCAUCAAUUCCAUUGAGGGUGAUCAUUCAUGGGCAUCAUCCAUCCGAGGAACGAACCGACACCGGAAAAGUAGUCCAGCUACCGGAUUCAGUAGAGGACCUAUUGAAGUUGACAGCGAUAAAAUUGGGGAAAAGAGGGACUAUCAUUCUAAUGAAAGAUGGGUCUCAAGUGGAAGAUGUUCAUGCUUUAAGAGACAAUGAUCACUUGUUUAUAUGUUGAUAUAUAAGUAUAUCUCUAUGUGCGUAUAAUUUCUACUAGAUGACCAAUGUGUUGCUCUUUGAAGUGAUCGAUGUUAGUGAUCUUAUAGUUAUGUGAUGUUGGUUUUUGAGUUAUUUUGUAACGGGAAAGAAAUAAAACAAAGAUAUGGAAAUCUA